AUAUAAAAAUUGAUUGAAGAAUUGCAUUGAUAAUAAAUCAACAUUGAGAUUUUGUAAAAUCUAUACAGGAAAAAUGUGGAUGAGAAAAAUGGUUCUGUGGCUUUUACUGGUGUUUUCAUACGGCAAAAUAAUGGCUUUUAAUGAAUUAUUGUACAAACCUCCCCGAACACAUGAGACUUAUAUGGGACAAUUACUUAAAUUAUGUUAUGCUGAACGAUCGAACCCAGUUGUGAUUACAAGCAACCUGAUUGACAUCAUUGAUGAAAUCCCAGUAGACAAUAUCGAAUUUCCAGUGAUGGCUAUUGAUACCGAUUUCAAGUCAAAGGACAUCCAAAUAUUCAACCCUUCCUACCCACUAUAUAUUUUAUCAACCGAUUCAAUUGAUCAACUGCAAACACUCCUCAACGAACUGAAGUCCACACCAACAUGGAGCAUCGUUUCGAUAUUUUUUAUCGUUGGCUCCAUAGAAAGCAAUUGUCGAAAUGCAUCAGAAGUAUUGCAAUUGUUAUGGACCAUGGAGUUGUUGUCAUCCUUUUAUGUUUGUAUUGAGCCUAAUAAUGAUAAAAUGAUUUACACUUAUAAUCCAUACACCAAUCGAGCCCCAGAACCAUGGGAAAAUGUUGAUAUAAUUGAUAAACCAAAUGAUCGCUGGACUCUCUAUAAGCAGUUGUUCUCACAAAAUGAUAAAAAAUUUUGUCAAAGCCUCAGUUUUGACAAGACAAAAGCUUUAGAUGGUUAUGAAGUAAAAGCUGUUGGGGAAGCUAUUUCAUGGACAAAUAUAAGUCGUAAUGAGACAUACAAUACUUCAAGUUUCGAAAAUACGCUGCUCAAUACGGAAAAGAUGUUUUUUAAAACUUUAUUUUCAAAAUUAAAUGUCACACCAAUUAUUAAUUAUGACGACGAAGGUUUUUAUGAAAACGGUUCCGCUUCCGGUUAUGUAAAAUCAUUGAUAAAUGGCACCCACGAUAUAGGUUUAGGUUUGCGAUUAACUUCCGAAGAAGCGUAUAAAGUUAUUGAUAUUAUUAAUUUAUAUUAUCAAAAUGGUUUUAUGAUUUUAACACAACAGAGACCAUUUACAAUACCAACAGAAGAAGUUGCUGAUUUCAACGAUCUUCAUUUUGCUACUAUUUUAUCGAUUAUCGUUUUUUCACUUACUUUUAUAAUGAUUGCACUAAAUAAUGGCUUUCAAUAUUUUGAAGCUGCCUUGAAUGUUUUCCGAAUGAUAUUGGGCGCCGCAAUUCCAACGCCCCUCCGCAGUCUCUCGAUGCGUCUUUGUUUUCUAGCAGCAACUUUGUUAGUUUUCAUGAUCAAUCCUGCAAUUCAAGGUCGGUUAUCGUCGCUUUUGUCUACUCCAGAGCGCCGUAACCCAGAAAAUUUUGAAGACCUAUAUGAACAUAAGUACCAUCUUUACCAUCACCCUGCUCUCGAAUUGGAUAUCGUUAGUAAGGAAUUGUGGUCAAAUUCAUCAGAUAGAUAUUAUUUACAUCCAAUAUUAUCCGCCCUUUUUGGUUGCUCUGAAUAUGUAUUGAACGAUACAUCUGCUGCUUGUCUUGCAUACAGUGAAUUUCAAAUUUCGUCUGCUUUAAAAUACAACUUACAUAUUUCACAAAGGUUUCAAGUUAAAAGUUAUUUUACGUUCUGGGCUCGGAAAAACUGGGCGCUAAAAGCUCGAGUCGAUCAGAUAGCAUCACGAAUGAAUGAAGCCGGAUUAUUCGAUCAUUGGGAUAAAGCUACAUUACAGUGGCCAUUAAAAAAAUUAAAAGCUUCUGAAUCUGUUGACAAAUCAAUGCAAUAUACCCAAAUUGAACUUGAGAACAUGCUAUUUAUUUAUAUAUUUAUGUCACUGAGUCUUGUCUUCAUUCUUAUAACAUUUGGUUUUGAAUUACUUUUCAAUAAAUUGGCACCUCGGAAACGAAAAUUACGACAGAAAGUCGUGAUUUUUAACCGCAGGGUCCAUGGUCUCAAUGAAUGGGUAUAAUUACUUAUUCUUGGCUGCCAAUCGUCAAUCAGAUAUUCGAAAAAAAAGAUUUCUGUUCUUUUCAUGACGUUUUUCAUACAUGAGUCAUUUCAUGUCAAAUCAACCGAUAGUUGGAAUCGACCCCUU